GCAAUAAAACAUUUCCAGCAUUGAUAAAGACCUCGUAUAUAGUGAUAAUGACGCUUCAGAAGGUUUCUUUUUAAACGCGUAUAAUUAUGAAAUCAUUCUUGUAAAAGUAGUUUUUGAUAAAAAUUCGAUAAAAAAUUUUUUAGAUUAGUUAUUUACUAAGUUAGGAUGAUUGGUAAAUCAUAUUUUAGUCCAUACGAUGAAAAAAUAGAAGUGGAGGUUUGGAAACAGCAUGAUAAAAGUAGGGACGCUGUAAAAAAGGAUAUAGAAAUAAUCAAGAACUGGAUUAAAACCCAACCGCACCUUCCAAACACUUUAAGCGAUCAUCAAAUUCAGUCAUUUCUUUUGAUCGGCAGAGGAAGCGUUGAAAAAGUUAAACCUAAAAUUGACAUGUAUUACACAAUGAGAUCUCGUUUUCCAGAUGUAUUUGAAGAGUCUCAUCCAAAGUCUAAGAGAAUUUUGGAAGCUAAAAGGCAUAUGUACAUAAUACCUCUUCCCAAACUUCAUUUCGACUUAAGCAGAAUCCUCAUCUUCAAACUAAAAGAUAUCGCCGACCCAAGUCAGAUGGACCCGUACGCUAUAUUUGCACACUUGAUAAAUAUAGUUGAAAUAAGAUUUUUUGAAGAUUUUUGUUCGGGCCAUGUGGUACUUUUUGAUUUAGAACAUUGCAAGUUUAAUCAUAUUACGAAAGUUAGCCCUUCGUAUAUAAAAAAUGCAUACACAAUUGGAGAGAGAGCUUUAACGACAAGAGUACAUGGUAUACAUCUGUUAAAUGCCCCCAAAUAUUUUGAUCAAGUUGUCAUGUUAGUCAAGUCCAUAGUUAAACAAAAAAUGGCAAAUAAGAUUUAUCUUCAUAAAGAUAUGAAUUCUGUUUUAAAUUCAAUUGAUAAACAAAUAUUGCCAAAAGAUUAUGGAGGUAACGAAAAGUCAUUAGAUGAAUUAGAAGCUGAAUGGGACUGUAAGUUUGAGGAAUAUAAAGACUUUUUUGACAAAAGGCAGCUUGAAAGAGUAAAUGAGGCUUUACGCCCGCAACAGAACAAGAGUGACGAUUUUGACGAACUUGGAUAUCAAGGAAGUUUUAAAAAACUGGAUGUUGAUUAGCCGAAAAAAAAAUACUAUUUUUAUUUAUUAUUACUGUUCGCAUUCAUGUUAAUAAAUGUGAAAUGUUACCA